AUGUGCUGGUCACUGUUGACUUGCCCUCCCUCUGGGGACGAACGCCAACAACUGCUAUCGCAGGAAGCAGAUGCCAUCAUAGCUGCCACACAUGGCUUUCUCGCUGCGCUGAGCACGAAAUCCCGAGUCGACUUUGAAAAUCACUGUGUUGGAGCUGGAUGGAUGUCUCUCUCGCCACCAUGUCCCACGACCCUGCGUUUCUGCACGAUCGGUUCGUUUGUUGAGCAUGUUACCACGCUCAAGGAUGAUAUCAACGAGCGCAUCUGGGAUCCAGAACUCCAGGUGCAGGAGUCUGGCAACCUUGCUGCUGUGUGGGCACCCUUCAGGUCGAAGAUAAACGGGGUCGUAGACCACGUUGGUGUCGAGCUUUUCAUCUUGCAUAAGCUCAACGGCAGAUGGAAGAUAACUGGACUGGCAGAUUCGUGUCGACGGCCAACCGAAGAAGAGAAAUUAUUGGAUUAG